AUGGACACCAAGCCUGCUGAUCAUCUGGAGGAAACAACUGUUGGGAGCCCUCAAAAUCAAUCCUCGCCAAUGUCCAAAGACUGGAGUCAGGUCACCCAGGAUGCGAAGGAGGCCACUGCUGCGGAGCACGAGACGACAUUCUGGCAGGGAAUCAAAGUGUAUCGCAAAGCUGCGUUUUGGUCAUUCAUUGUUUCCAUGACCAUUAUUAUGGAAGGCUAUGACACGGCUCUCCUCGGGAACUUUUAUGCGCUUCCUGCCUUUAGGGAAGAAUAUGGUUCACUAUACCAAGGUUCCUAUCAGAUCUCAUCACCAUGGAUGAACAUGCUGUCCUAUCUGCAGAUGAUCACAAACAUUAUUGCGGCACAGGCAGCCGGCUCCCUGUCGCAGCGAUAUGGCUACCGACCACUAUUGCUAGCAGCCCUGGUGCUCAUGGGCGGUGCUAUUUUUGUUACAUUCUUCGCACCGAGUUUGCCUGUGUUACUGGUCGGGGAGCUGCUGUGUGGUAUCCCAUGGGGCACCUUUGCGGUGCUUGCUCCCGCCUACGCUUCGGAAGUUUGUCCGGUCGUUCUCCGCGGUUACUUGACCGCGUAUCUCAACACAUGCUGGGUGAUUGGGCAGCUCAUCAAUGCCGGUGUUGUGUAUGGCCUCCAAGAUUACCCAGGCCAAUGGUCUUACCGAAUUCCCUUUGCGAUUCAAUGGGUGUGGGUACUCCCACUAUUCUGUCUGAUUUUCCUGGCUCCUGAAUCUCCGUGGUGGUAUGUCCGCAAAGGUCGUCUGGAAGACGCCGAGCGUUCUCUGCAGAGGUUGUCGCAAGAUUCGGCCGCAAUCAACACAAAGCAGAUGGUGGCGAUGAUGUUGCACACGGACAAUUUCGAAAAGGAGCGGGAAUCUGGAACAUCAAUACUCGACUGCUUCAAGGGGUCGAACCUUCGACGGACCGAAAUCGCUUGUGCUGUGUACGCCAUGCAACCUAUGACAGGAGGUGGGCAGAUUCCAGGAUCGUACUUCUUCCAACAGAUAGGGCUGUCGGUGCGAGAAUCUUUUGGGAUGGGUUUAGGUGCCACUGCCGUGGCCUUUUGCGUAUCGAUCUUGGCCUGGGUCGUCAUUGGAUUGACAGGGAGACGCAGGAUGCUUCUCAGCGGUAUGGCUGGCAUGGUGGUCGUACUCUUAACAAUUGGCUUUCUGGGCCUCGGUCCAAGUUCGAGCCAUACAAUUCCUUGGGUGCAAGGGGCGCUCGCACUGGUGUUCAAUGUGUUCUACAACCUCUCCGUUGGUACAUUAGCGUUCACCAUCUUCAGCGAAGUCUCUUCGACCAGAUUGCGUGGAAGAACUAUCGCCCUGGCGAAGAAUGUGAAUGCUGUGAGCGGGAUUGUCGUGGGGGUUGCCAGUCCCUAUUUUAUCAAUCCGCAGAAUCUCAACUGGAAAGGCAAAGUGGGGUUCUUCUGGGCAGGAGUCGUCUUUCUGUGGAUGGUCUGGGCCUAUUUCCGUUUGCCGGAACUCAAGGGGCGCACGUAUGAGGAGAUCGACAUUCUCUUCGAAAAAGACGUGAGGGCAAGGGACUUCAAAAAAGUCGUUGUCGAUUUGGAUGUAUGA